AUGGCGCCCAGCAAACCUCAAGUCAUCCCUCAACAGCACAGAGACGCGUCAAGCAAGAUCCACGUCAUUAUUGUUGGCGCCGGCCUCGGUGGCUUGGGCGCAGCUAUCUCCAUCUUACUUGCGGGCCAUAGCUGCACCAUCCUCGAAGGUGCGAGUGAAAUCGGCGAAAUUGGCGCCGGCAUCCAAUGUCUACCAAACUCGACGCGCGUACUAAUCUCCUGGGGUCUGGAGGAAGAGCUCAGCAAGCAUGCCACUUCACCGCGGUUAUGCAAUAUGAUUGGGUGGAAGGGCGAGAAGAUAUCCGACAUGGAUUUUCAUGAGUAUGAAAGAGAGCUUGGGACGCCUUUUUUCGAUUUCCAUAGAGCCAACCUCCACUCAGUUUUGGUUGGACGGGCGUGUGAGUUGGGGGCUACAUUGCUGACGAAUACGCGAGUUGUGGAUAUUGUUUGUGAAGAGGAUGGUAGGGGUGCUACAGCGGUCUGUGAGAGGGGGAAAAGGUAUGAGGCGGAUCUGGUGGUUGGGGCUGAUGGGAUUAAUUCCAAGUGUCGCGAGAUUCUUCUUGGCAGGGAAGAUCCGCCUGUUUUGACAGGGGAUUUGGCGUAUAGAUUGUUGUUGAAUACAGAGGAUAUGAUGAAAGAUGAUGACUUGAGGAGCUUUGUGGAGGAUCCGCAGGUCAAUUAUUGGAUUGGGCCGGAUGCUCAUGCUGUGAAUUAUGUUCUCCGUGGUGGCAAGCUUUUCAAUCUGGUAUUACUAGUACCCGAUAAUAUGCCCGCAGGCGCCAAUACUCUCGCUGGAAACGUUAUAGAGAUGAGAGCCCUCUACAAAGACUGGGACCCGCGCAUCCCCAAACUCCUAGCUCUCUGCGAGUCAGUCUCCAAAUGGCGCCUUAUGAUCCGACCUGGCCUAGAUCCAACCUGGACCCACGAAUCCGGCGCCUUUACCAUGCUCGGCGACGCUGUCCACUCCACACUCCCUUACCUCGCAUCCGGUGCUGGAAUGUCACUAGAAGACGGGCACGUACUGGGCCUGUGUCUAGCCAGGCUGAAAAGCAAAUCUACGGCUGAGAAAAAGAAAGCAUUAGAGGUGUACGAGCGUUGUCGUCGCGAACGCACAGAACGCGUCGUGUCCCGCGGGAAUAGACAACAAUAUCUGUACCACGUCCACGACGGGCCAGAACAGCAGGAGCGCGAUCGUUUGCUUGCUGAAUUUGCACAAUUCAAUGGUAAGGGCAAGGUUGGAAGGAGGGAAUAUAAGGCGAAAGGAUUGGACUUUGAAGCGGAUCCGUUGGCGUGGAGGUGGGGCGGUGUAGGGAGUUGGCUGUUGACGUAUGUUUGCGAGGAUGAUGUUGAGAGAAGGUGGAACGAGGUGGAUUCGGAGACGACAGGGAUGAUGGGGAAGGGCGUCGAAGAAGUGCGAGCAGUAUUGUAG